AUGACGACCUCACCCACAACAACAGCGACAGCGGCGGGUGCCAGCUCGGCCACCGCCGCAUCCUCAAAGGCGGCCACCACCACCACCACCACCACCGACGCAGCGGCUGCGACGUCCUACGAGCUGCCGUGGGUGGAAAAGUACCGCCCGCAGCGCCUCGACGACGUCGUCGGCAACCGCGCCACCAUCGAGCGCCUCAAGGCCAUCCAGCACGACGGCAACUGCCCGCACCUCCUCAUCUCGGGCCUGCCCGGCAUCGGAAAGACGACGUCGGUCCACUGCCUCGCCCACGCCCUCCUCGGCGACGCCUACCGCGAGGGCGUGCUCGAGCUCAACGCCUCCGACGAGCGCGGCAUCGACGUCGUCCGCAACAAGAUCAAGACGUUUGCACAGAAAAAGGUCAGCCUGCCCCCCGGAAGGCACAAGAUCAUCAUCCUCGACGAGGCAGACAGCAUGACGCCCGGCGCGCAGCAGGCCCUCAGGCGCACCAUGGAGAUCUACUCGUCCACCACCCGCUUCGCGUUCGCGUGCAACCAGUCGAGCAAGAUCAUCGAACCCAUCCAGUCGCGCUGCGCCAUCCUCCGCUUCGCCAAAGUGCGCGACGAAGAGAUCCUCAAGCGCCUUCUGGAAAUCUGCGAAAUGGAGGGAGUAGAGUACAACGACGAAGGGCUGGCCGCCAUCAUCUUCACCACCGAGGGCGACAUGCGCCAGGCCAUCAACAACCUCCAGUCGACCUACACGGGCCUCGGCUUCGUCAACCAGGAAAACGUCUUCAAGGUGUGCGACCAGCCCCACCCGCACCUCGUCCGCGCCAUCCUCGAAUCCUGCCGCGCCGCCGACAUCGACGCCGCCAUGGACAGGCUCGACGAGAUCUGGUCAAAGGGCUACUCGGCCGUCGACAUCGUCACCACCCUCUUCCGCGUCGCAAAGACCCUCGACUCCCUCUCCGAGGCCGUAAAGCUCGACUUUAUCCGCGAAAUUGGCUGGACCCACAUAAAGGUCCUCGAGGGCGUGUCGACCAACGUCCAGCUCGGUGGUCUGCUAGCUCGCCUCUGCAGAUUGAAUAUGAAUGCCAAGCUAUUCGAGCUUUAG